GAUCUCCUCUUCAGUGUGUGUGCCCUCAACGUCCUCUCCACCAUUGUGUGUGCGUUGGCCACAGCCAUGUGCUGCAUGCAGAUGGUCUCUUCUGAUAUCCUGCAGAUGUUCCUUCCACAAAGGGCGCAUUCUGCGAGCCCAGCCUGCGUGACCCCCCAUGGCACUGUGCUCCACCAGACCCUGGAUUUCGAUGAAUUCAUCCCCCCACUCCCACCUCCACCCUAUUACCCACCAGAGUACACCUGCACGCCCACAGCCGAGGCCCACAGGGGCCUCCACUUGGACUUUGCUCCCUCUCCAUUCAGCACUUUGUAUGAUGUUGCCAUCAACAGUCCUGGCCUGCUCUACCCUGCCGAACUCCCCCCACCCUACGAGGCCGUGGUGGGCCCAACCACUACCAGCCAGGUGAGACCCGGGCGCCAGACAAGCCAGUUUCCUGUACUUAGGCACACUCCUUGCAUUUGUAUUUCUUUCUCUGGUCUUGUGGAGAGGAGGCAGCAGGCUCAGAGAGUAGAACCUGCAGAGAUCCCACCCCAGGCCCUAAGAUGCCAGUCCCAAUAUUUGUGCUUCUCUCCCUUGGCUUCUCUCAGAUGCACCUGAGCUGAUGGCUAGCAGGUGUGUCUGGGGACACAGAGCAGAAGGAGCUGGUUGGUACAGGU